AUGAGCAGGACAAAAGGUCAGGGGAAAGUGCGGGCAAGCACGCACCACAUUGUAGCUGCACUUCGGGUGUGCCGCAACGUACCAGAAGGGGAAUCCAUCCUGGAGUGGGCUAGGCAGCAGGGCACCGGGAUGGCAGCUCCACCCCUCAACGCCCACGUCUUUUCAGCCAUGAUCAAAUUGUACCUGGUUCAUAGGGCCUCCGACAAAGCACGGGCCCUGCACCAGGUCAUCAAAGACGAAAGUAUAGAAGUGGACGUAGUCCUCUAUAAUGCUCUCCUGGAGGCGGAGAAUGACGUGGACAAUAUGUGGCGGCUUCUAGCAGACAUGGAGAAGUCGGGCAUAAGGCCAAACGACAGAACAUACGCGGCGUGUUUGCGGUGCGCUGGAGCCGUGGCUGACACACAGGCGGUGGGCCGACUGGAGGACCUGCUUUUUGGCAGCGGCCUCAGGAUAUCUCUCCAGACCAACAACGCCCUGAUUGAUGCCUGGGCCCACUGCGGGGAGGUGGCCUAUGGCUGGCAUGCGGUCGAGCGGCUGAAGCGGCAGGGGCUGCGGCCCGACUGGUGGACCUUCAACACGCUCAUCAAGAUGCAUGCCCUGCAAGGGGACAAGGACGGGGCCUUCCGCGCGUUUGAAGCGAUGCAAGCCGAGGGUAUCCGGCCCGACCGUGUCACGUACAACACUCUCCUGGAGACCUGCGUCCAGGCGCGGAGGUUCGACUCCGCCCUCUCUUUGUAUCGGCGGUGGCGCAAACAAGGGGAAAUCGAACCAGAUCAGAUCACCAUUGCUAUCUUAUUGCGGGCGGCUGGUCACCAGCUGAACAGCAAGAAGGUGCACAAGGUGUUGGCGGAAGCGAAAGCCGCGGGGCUCAACAUGGAUGAGAAGAUGUACGAGAGUGCCGUCCUGGCGUUUGUUCGCUGCGGCGAGGGUGCCCCUGCGUUGCGAAUGUUGGAGGAGAUGACGUCAGCUGGCUAUCCGCCAGCCAUGGAGGCCAGCCAGGUGCUGACCAAGUGCGUUGAGAAGGCGUUGGUUCGGGAGUGCAAAGCGGCAGCCCCUGCGGGCCGGCUGCGCCAGUUCCUGAAGGAUAUGGCGGCGGCGGGGGUGCUCCCGACAGCGGAGACGGGGGCCUCCAUUGUCAGGACGCUGGCCCUCACCAAAGGGCCCCAGGCAGCCAUGGAUGUUGCGUGGGAGUUGCAGCGGGGCCACGUGAAGCCUCUUGGAGCUGCCACGUGGGAGGUUUUGCGGAGCGCCAUCAAGGACGCUGUCCCGUCCUUGUACAAGCAGGCUGCGGCUGCGGCACGCCUGCUUCCUGCUGCCUUGGAAGAAGAUGGGGAGGAGGUUGACAGCACUGUGUACGAGACGUGCAUUGCGGCCUGCGCCCGGGCUGGGGACGGCGUGUCGGCUCUUACUCUCUUCGAGGCGCUGCAGAAGCGAGGCCUGACCACCGACCUCACCAUCGAGAAGGUUUGGCUCGACACCGUUGGGGCGGCGAUCCAGGGCGCCAUCACGGGGGUUGCGGCCGAGAACACCACCGAUAACGAAGACGAACCCGGGAAGAGCACUCAGGCUGACGUCGCGUUUGGCGGGACCGAGGUCGCUCGCCAGCUGGCCGCGUCGGGGAUUCGACUGACGGCCAGAAGUGUCCCCGAACUCAUCUCAGCCGUGGCUGCCGCGUCGGACUCGGAUGCCGAAAUUGCGCGCCGGCCCCGAGAGCCGGACGGAGCGGGGGUGACCCGGGCAAUGCUGCUGGUGGACGUACUGCCCAAGCUGUUCGACUUGCCACCAAGUGCUAGUGCGUACAGCGCACUGAUGAAGGCAUGUUGGGACCAGAAACAGUUCUUGCGGGUUGAGGAGGUAUGGCAGCGGAUGCGGGUGGCCCAGGUGGUCCCAGACCUUGCCACGUGGCAGCUCCGCAUCAAGGCCUUGGCGCGCGAGCGGCUCAUCGCAGGACGCGUCAGUGCACUGCUGGCGAGCAUGCAGAAGGACGGAGUGGCCCCAGACGAAGGGACGCUCAGGACCAUGUUGCAAGCCUGCCGGGUCUCGGGUGACCUCCCUGGUGUCCGUUACAUGAUGAGCGUCAUUCACUCCUUUGAGCGUCAGGAGGCCAGCCGUAGCAGCGGCACGGCCUCCUCGGAAGAACAACAGCCACGCAGCACUGGGGAGCUGCCCACGAUCAAAGCCCGGCGUGUUGUCACUAGGCGGAGCACGCUGCGGAAUCCGGAGCCCCCGCUAGACCCCCUGAAAGAGAGGGACAGACGAAGGAAGCGGUUUACAUCGAAAACGUCGGCUGCUGUGCCAUCACAAGCUGAGGGCGAAGGCUGGCCCAAAUUAGCUGUUGUGGGCUCGCCUGUCACAGACCCAUCUUGUUCAUAACGGAAAUGUCGAGGGGUGUAUAGUAGUCAUUCUGAUGUUCGUAUCUGACUUGUUCUUUAGAAAAUUAUUCUCUUGCGAUCUUGGGGACCGCAGUAGUGAGAAUGCUGCCGGCUCUGCCCUACUUAUUCUGACGUUCGUGUUACCAC